CUUCUCGCUCUCGCUCUCUCUCUCGCUGAAACCCCCACCCACCUCUCCAUUUGCUUCUUCUUCGCCGAAUCACUCACGAUGGAGAACUCGAACGAGCUCAGCGCCGGAGCUAAGUCCGCCGAUCAGAAUCCUAAUACCAACGCUGCUGCUGUCGCUGGCGAUGGGGAUCCUGCCCAAGCCGUAUCGCGGCCAACCCGCACGCCGUUCACUAACCUCAGCCAAGUGGAUGCCGAUCUUGCCCUUGCGCGCACUCUCCAAGAACAGGAGGCGGCGUACCUGAUGUUGAUGAGCGGCCGUGGAAUAAGUGGUGACUAUGCGAGUUCAGUGGGGAGCUAUGAAGACGGUGGGGAAUUUGAUGUUCAUGAUCAUGAGGAGGGGAGUGAGUAUGAAGAGGAGUAUGAGGAGGAUGAGUUCGUUGAAGAUGGGCAUCUUGUCGAUCCGGCGGAUUUCGAUAGCGAUGAAGCGUAUGCUAGGGCGCUGCAGGACGCGGAGGAGCAGGAGAUCGCUGCUCGGUUGAUGGCCUUUGCCGGCUUGAAUGAUUGGGGAGUGGAACAUCACAGGGCCCAUCAUGCUGGAAAUCCCCGGUGCGGGCUUCUUGAUCGUCAAUUUAUCUGUUGUUCUGAGAUCAAUAAUGCUCUGAAGGAUGCUUGGCAAGAUGUUGACCCAGAUGAGUUAUCAUAUGAGGAACUUGUUGCAUUGGGUGAAGUAGUUGGAACUGAGAGCAGAGGCCUUUCUGCUGAUACAAUUGCCUCUUUGCCUUCUGUUGGUUACAAAGCUGAAAGUGCUCAAGAUGGAGAUACUGAUCCAUGCAUCAUUUGCCGAAUGGAUUAUGAGGAUGGUGAUUCUUUGGUAGUGCUUUCAUGUAAGCAUGCAUAUCACUCUGACUGCAUAAACAAGUGGCUGCAAAUUAACAAGUUAUGCCCUGUCUGCAGCACUGAAGUUUCUACAUCAGAGAAUGGGCAACAAGCAUGACCUUAUUUUGGAUUGAAGAACACUCCUGGUUUUAUUAAAAAAGCCUGCAGCUGUUGUUCCUUUUUGCCUUUUUGGCAAAUGAAAUUUACAUGUUUAAGAUUAUUUGUAAUUGACCCUAUAAAAGUUUGUUGUUUGGGGGUUAGAUGUUCUUGUGGAUGUUCCAAGAUGAUGUUCAUAAUUUGAUAAUUAUCUCCUGACUCUCCA